AAACAUGUUACACGCAAAAACAAACAGCACCACCUAUGUAGUCUGAUUCAUGAACAAAUGACUUAUAAGUUAAAUGAAUUGGUUGUUUUAAUGAUUCAUGCAACUGGCACAAAAAAAAAAAAAAAAAGAUGAGCUGUUUUUUUUUUUUAUGAAUUGAGCAACUGGCACAAGUUAAAAAAUUUGUUACACACAAAUACAAACAGCACCGCCUAUGUAGUCUGAUUCACAAACAAGCGACUCUUAUAAGUCAAACGAAUUGGUUCUUUUAAUGAAUCGAGCAAAUGACUCUGCCUAACACAUGCCUCCGCACAUUAAGUUGUUGUUAACCUCGUUCUAAUGUUGAAGAAUUUCGAGUUUUUUAAAUAAACAACUGUGUGCCUAAGGUUAGUCAUUUGCAUAAAAAACCUGCCCAAAUUUCCGUACAACCUUUCGCCAAUCUUAGCAAAUGUAUGAAACUCUAAAGAAGAGCUCUUGCCUGAGAACACAGCAAGAUUCUUGAGCAAGGCCAAGCACAUGUGCUCAUGUUCAAUCACAAUAAAACCCUUUUAAUACAAAUGAAUCAUGAUUUUUUUCAUGAAAAUCUUUGUACGCAGAUUUCACACAUAAAUUUGUGCGUAUGCAUGAUAAGCGAAUGAGACUCAAUGUCUUCUUCUCUCCUCAGGUGUGUUUAAGGCGCCGGGGCGAGGCGUCAUGCGAUCUACCUGAGCGUGAUUGUUCCACCUGGAGGUCACAGGAUGCCGGUGCAGGCAGCUCAAUGGACUGAGUUUCUAUCCUGCCCCAUCUGCUACAAUGAGUUUGACGCCUGCAGCCACAAGCCCAUCAGCCUGGGCUGCUCGCACACCGUCUGCAAGACCUGCCUGCACAAACUGCAUCGCAAGGCCUGUCCUUUUGACCAGACGGCCAUUAGCACUGACAUUGAUGUGCUGCCUGUCAACUGUGCCCUCCUGCAGCUGGUGGGGGCGCCGGUUCCGGAGGGAGAGAUUGUGAGUGUGGGCAGUGUUGAAGACACAAGACAUUAUGAAGUGUGCAGGAUCUGUGUGGAGGAGCUGGCGCUGUAUCUCAAACCAAUCAGUGGAGGAAAAGGUGAGUGUGUGAAGAAAGUGAUACAGGUACAUCAACAACAAGGGCGUAUGCGUGCGGUCCGGGCGUGCAGAUCUCUGGGUGAGCGCACCAUCACUGAACUCAUCCUGCAGCACCAGAACCCACAGCAGCUCUCUGCCAACCUAUGGGCCGCUGUGCGGGCACGAGGCUGUCAGUUUCUAGGACCUGCCAUGCAGGAAGAUGCUCUGAAGCUGGUGCUGCUGGCUCUGGAGGACGGCUCGGCUCUCUCGCGGAAGGUUCUGGUGCUGUUUGUGGUGCAGAAACUGGAAGCGCGCUUCCCUCAGGCAUCUAAGACCAGCAUCGGUCAUGUGGUUCAGCUGCUGUACCGCGCCUCCUGCUUUAAGGUGACCAAACGUGAUGAAGACUCCUCCCUCAUGCAGCUCAAGGAGGAGUUUCGCACUUACGAAGCCCUGCGCCGCGAACACGAUGCUCAGAUCGUUCACAUCGCAAUGGAAGCGGGACUGCGCAUCUCACCGGAGCAGUGGUCGUCUCUGCUGUAUGGGGAUCUCAUGCACAAAUCUCACAUGCAGUCAAUCAUAGACAAGCUUCAAUCCCCAGAAUCCUUUGCAAAGAGCGUGCAGGAGCUGACCAUAAUCCUGCAGAGAACAGGAGACCCAGCCAACCUCAACAGCCUCAGAGCUCCUCUCGAGCUGCUAGCCGGCAUCGACCACAACCCUGAUGCGGCCGCUCCGUCCUGGACAGAGCUGGAGAGUGUGUUAUUGGCUGUGAAGGUUGUUGUCCACGGGUUGGUGGAAUUCAUCCAAAACUUUAGCAAAAAGAGCAAUGAAAGCCCUCAGGCUCAACCCAACAGCAAGUACAAGACGAGUAUGUGCAGGGACUUACGGCAGCAGGGCGGCUGUCCGAGAGGGGCCAGCUGCACCUUUGCCCACACGCAGGAGGAGCUGGAGAAGCACAGAAUGAGAAGUAGGAAAGCCAGUGGGGCGGUGAGGCCCUUCCCGUCAGUUCCAGCGGUUAUGCCCAAAACCGGCACCAAAGGAGCAGUCCCAGGGUCAGACGGGAAGAACCACGAGAACGACGCCCCAGAGGACGCGUCUCCCACUCAGCUCAUCCCUAGAGGAGGAGACCACCAGGAGGACAAAACGCUCCCCAGCAGAGUGAACGGACUGCCUGCUGCCAGCCUAGAACAAAAUCCCAUCAGUCAAAGCCAGUCGUCUGCGAUAGCUUCGGGGUUGUGUACAGAGGACGACUGCGGUCUCCUCAAACACGGGCCUGUCCUCACGAGAGCUCAUCCUAAGAUUUACUACUCUCAGGACCAGAGACCAUAUGACCUUUCACCCUACCACCAACCUGCCAUUCUUCCUCACAAGUCAUGCAACGCUCGCUUCCAUCGUUCCAGCAACGUCCCUGAGUCCAUGUUACCCCCGUCAAUGGGCCCUCUGUACCCAGACCAGCACACUUCUGUUCCUCCUGCAGACAGAUUAGGCCCCGGCCCGUACGGGCCACCCUCGACCUACGCCUCUAUGUCCCACGCACACAGCAUGUACACCCCGGUCUACGACAGCCAGCGUGUGUGGAGGCCGCAUAACUCUCUCCCUCCGGAGGUUUUUCAUUCCACCGUCUACCAGCUGCCCCUCCGAGAGCGCUUCAACUCGCUGGACAGCCCCUACUGCAGCACCGCGGAGCAAAGAGCGCCAAUGCACAGGGAUGUGUACACCCGUGUUCCUCUCGGCUAUGAGGAACUCUAUCGCCACAAACAGGAACAGUGGGUACAUCACCACGGCAACAUGAACAGGCCCUCCCAGUCCUCGCCGGUCUUCACUGUGGAUGUGUGUCCAGAGCAUCCUGAGGGUGUAGGUGGUGGGCGUAUGACUUGUAAGUGUCAUGGUGGAGAAGAGAGUCUUGCCCACUACUCGCCCUGGUCGUGCAGCACCAUCAGCCCAUUUGAGUCAGAGCCCCACCAUUUGUCAACCCACUCCUGUUCCAAACAGCUACACGGGGAGAGUGGCGGCAAACGGUGGCUGCACAUGUUUGAGCCCUACAGACGACUGAAAGACGAAGAUCCCAUCAUUCCUUUUGGAGAGGGGCCCAUCAUCUCUAAAUGGGGAGCCAUCUCUCGGGCUUCCCGCACUGGCUUUCACACCACUGACCCGUUCCAGGCUACUGCAUCGCAGAGGUGCACCGGCACCACACCAAUCAACUUCAGAGACUAUAGCUGUCAUAUUGGUCACAGUGACCUCAGAUGGGGCCCACGUGGAUCUGAUUCUUCUAGUCACUCCAGCUUUUUAGAAAGCGAUCAGCUGGCCAUGUCAGGGCUGCAUGUAAGGCACAAUUCCUUGAGAAGCGGGUCAAAGCAGGGCACAGAUCUGCUGGACAAGGAUGGGAUGGAGAGUGAGCCUGACAGAGACAUCGAGCUGGAGCUGUCCGCUCUGGACAUGGAGGACACAGAGACACCGGACUGCAACUCUGAGGACUCUAUGGAAACGCAAAGCCGCUCCAAGAACAGCCACCUCUCUACAGUCUUCGGUGAUCCAGUGGCAAGUUCUCAGUUGGAAAACAACCUGCCUGACAGAAUGGACGCCCACCUUAUGAAGAAGAUGGCAUUCAGAAAGACCCUCUCCCCUGGAGACCUCAGUAUGGGAAAGAUGUCGAUGAGGACAUGCUCGCCCAGACUUGGAGACCUUCCGCGACCCAGUCCAGGACCUGAGAUGCUGCUAAACGGGAAUUGAGGCGGGCUGAAAACACCAGUUUCCUCAUGUUCUAAUUCCACAGGUUCAUGCCAAGAAUCCACCAUCCUCCUUAGGUAGAAGGUAGAGUUGCCCUUAUAGGAGUCAAUCGAGGCAGCGAGACGCAGCCGAAAGCCUUCUGUAUUCAUGUGUUCUCUUCAUAAGAGCUAGCUAUGCCCUGUAAUUGUAAUCACUCAUCAUCUGUUCAGAGUCUGUUUGUUUUUCUUAAUCACUGCUUGUGGAUGAAUGUUCACUUUGAGUCACAACUCCACCUCAGGUAACUCUCGAUGUCAGCCAAUCAGAACUCUCUCCAAGCCAGGAAACCAAUUACCCAUGUCCCGUAACUCUGUACAGAAGAGACGGUUCUCACUAGCUUUUAGCACACUGAAGAAACCAUAAUCUACUGUAUGAUGAUUAUAUAGCAGACUCUUCCAAUAUAUAUUUAGAAUAACCAAGGUGCUUGGAAUCUAUAGUACAUGCAUUAAUUAUUAUUAUUAUUAAUAUUAUUGCAGUGUUAGCCACUGAAAUGUUUUGUGCAUUUAUUGUUUGUUGGGCAUCAUUGUUUGAAACAGCCAUUCAUUGAUCAUUGUUUAAAUGUAUGUGUGUGGAUUAUGCUAUAUGUCUGGUAUCUCUAAGAGACAUUUUACAGGUAUUCAAUAUUUUGUAGAAAUAUCCAAAAGAAACAGUUCACCCAAAAAUGAAGGUUCUGUCAUUCUGUCAUCACCAUAAACACAGCGUUAAAGUGGGCCAUACGACUUGCGUUAUUAUGUUAUUACGUUAUUACGUUAUAAGUUAUUUCCAAGUCUUAUGAAGCCUCAUAAUAAUUUUGCAUGUGGAAUUUAUGUAGUUAAUCACUACAUUGUUCGAGUCCGAGUCCAGGCCUGAAUAAUUUCGGCAAGUCAAGACCAGAAGUGUUGAGUCUGAGAUAAGACGAACACCAGAUAAUGGUCGAGUCUGGGUCAAGACCAAGCCCAGAAGAGGGUCAAGUCUGUGUUAGAGUCGAAAAAGCAACCAGAAGAGGUGCUGAGUCCAAGUCAAUACAGACACCAGAAGAAGGUCAAGUCUGAGUCAAGACAGAGACCAAAAGAAGGCCGAGUCUGAGUCAAGACAGAGACCAGAAGAAGGCCCAGUCCACGUCAAGACAGAGACCAGAAGAGUGUUGAGUCUGAGUCAAGACAGAGACCAGAAGAAGGCUCAGUCCGAGUCAAGACAGAGACCAGAAGAAGGCUCAGUCCGAGUCAAGACAGAGACCAGAAGAGAGAUGAGUCUGAGUCCAGACUGAGACCAGAAGAAGAUUGAGUCUGAGUCUAGACAGAGACCAGAAGAGAGAUGAGUCUGAGUCUAGACUGAGAGCAGAAGAGGAUUGAGUCUGAGUCAAGACAGAGACCAGAAGAAUGUCAAGUCCAAGUCAAGACUGAGACCAGAAGAGGAUUGAGUCUGAGUCAAGACAGAGACCAGAAGAAAGCCCAGUCCAAGUCAAGACAGAGACCAGAAGAGUAUUGAGUCUGAGUCAAGACAGAGACCAAAAGAAGGCCGAGUCUGAAUCAAGACAGAGACCAAAAGAAGGCCGAGUCUGAGUCUAGACUGAGACCAGAAGAGUGUUGAGUCUGAGUCAAGACAAAGAUCAGAAGAGUGUUGAGUCUGAGUCAAGACAAAGAUCAGAAGAGUGUUGAGUCUGAGUCAAGAUAGAGACCAGAAGAAGGCCCAGUCUGAGUCAAGACAGAGACCAGAAGAGUGUUGAGUCUGAGUCAAGACAGAGACCAAAAGAAGGCAGAGUCUGAGUCAAGACAGAGACCAUCAGAGACCAGAAGAAGGCUCAGUCCGAGUCAAGACAGAGACCAGAAGAGUGUUGAGUCUGAGUCUAGACUGAGACCAGAAGAGGAUUGAGUCUGAGUUAAGACAGAGACCAGAAGAAAGCCCAGUCCAAGUCAAGACAGAGACCAGAAGAGCAUUGAGUCUGAGUCAAGACAGAGACCAAAAGAAGUCUGAGUCAAGACAGAGACCAGAAGAAGGCCCAGUCCGAGUCAAGACAGAGACCAGAAGAGUGUUGACUUUGAGUCAAGACAGAGACCAGAAGAGGAUUGAGUCUGAGUCUAGACUGAGUCAAGACCAAGACCAUGAAUAUAUGGUCUAAAACUUGGACUUGUGUACUACAACAAAGUCAUUUUUGGGUGAGCUGUAUCUAUUAGCUAUAAGCAACAAACAGCCCAAUAGAAUUUCACAGUUCAGUCUUGUUUGAGGAUGUGGAAUUGUUUAGUGUGUAUGAAAUGCCUAAUCCAGUGACAGUUCCUGUCUGUUGUUUAGAAUAGUCAAAAGGUCACUUCGGUUUUUAUUUUUGCUGUUGUUGCUUCCUGUAAUUUCAGUUUGAAGAGUACAGAUGAUUAGAGUUUAGGGUUCUUUAGUUUCCAAAAUUCUUGUUUUCCCUUAUUUUAUUACAAAACAUUGCUAACUUCCAUGAAGUUGUUGGGAUAUUUUGUAUCAGUUUUUAAUUGUUUGGUCAGCAUUUUGAAAGUACAAUCAACCCUACAGUAUCUACAAACCAUCACAUGUUUUUGAGGAUUAUUUCCUGCUUGAUUAAGAGUAAAUAGAGGGAAAAUAAUCACAGUAACUCCAAGAUUGCUGGUGUUUUCAUGUAGUUUUGUGCACUGUAGUGUUCCUGAAAGGAAAUGAAAACUGUGUAACAGCGCAUAGAAAAACUCUCCCAUUUAAAAUAGCAUUUCAGUAUCUAAUUUAUGACAGGAUUGUUUUUUUGUUUAAUACUUUUCUCCGGUCACUGAUUUCUCUUUUGUUAAAUGUAUUGCCUGGACCAGUUAAGUGUGUGUAUAUGUUUGAAUUAGUGUAUGAAUGUGCAUAUUGUCUUAAGCCUGAACAAAAUAUGAAUAUGAAUGCAUUAUCACUUAAGACUGUUAAUCACGGUUUUACUUAUGUGGUAUUAGUGUUUUUCCACUUAAAAUGAAAAAUGUGGAGUGAAUCUUCCUGGUCUCGGCUCAAGUGCUGUCUCAUUAAAUCUCAUUUUGCCUCCUGCAGUUGAAGCGUUUUUCGACAGGCGAUGUUACAGCUGCACCUUCCAGCAAAGACAUUUUUUUGCGAAAUGCUUUUUGAAUGAUAUACAGAAAUUUUGAAUGGUUGAGUCCUAGUGUGUUUAAGCAUAACUUGUUGAUUUAGUGCACAUGUAAGGAUUUUUGCCUUUAUUUUUGGUUUAUCUUCUAUUUGUUGGGCCUCAUCUGAUAUGAGACUUUGAAAAAUGGCGCUGGGUUGGUAACGAUACGAGUUUCCGCUCUAAGUUUCUCUCUAGCUAUCAAAUUGCCUUUAAAAUGUCACUUUUCCUAUAUUAUCACCCGUUGCGAUGCAGCAAAGCCUUAUUAGUACGUUUGACUCGUUUAUCUGCCCAGCUCAGCCCUGUAUCAUGCAUGCUGCCUUUGGCAAAGAGGUUCUUUGGCAAAGGAAGUAUGAUUGUGUAGUUGUGUCACACAACACCCCAGUGCUGUGAAUGUCCUGCACUGUAUCUUGCAUUUUACUCACUUCCUAUAGCACUUACUGUCUGCUUGUAUGGAUUAAUAUCAGGAUUAUGAUUGUUAUUGUUUUAUAUCCAUAGUUCUGUAGUUUUUUUUCCCCCUUGGAAAUGUCAGUUUUGUUUGCAUUUAAAUUUUACAAAUUUGCUUAGCUGUAAUAAUGGGGCAGGACGUGUUUGGUUGUGAUGAUGCUUGUUUUUGUCCUGUAUGCAACUGCAAAAACGAACUGAUGUGUUGGAUAUUUUUACGUCUGUAUUAGACAUUUUAUUUGCAAAUCUAUUGUUCGAUUCAAUUGUAAAUGAAUAGAAGAUGGGCAUCCGUCAUUUUAUACAACCAGAGCCAUCAUUAGAUGGACACACUGCACAUUUUUAUUAUAUAUAAUCAGAUAUAUGAGGCUAUUUAUGGUCACAGAGAGAGAGUCUAAAAGUCAGGAAUAUCUUUUGAUGAAAUAAUAGUAGAAAUUAUUUAUAUUGCAUAUUGUUUCUUUUUAAAUACCACCGGGCAAAGAUUUCCCUUUUGCUUGUGGCAAUGCAAGGAAGAAUAUAUAGAAAUGUAGCCAACGCACAGUCGAUUCUUACUGGUUGUUUGUUUGUUAUUGCUCUUGUAGCUUGGCUAAGCUUGGCUCUGAUAUGUAGGGCAAGCUGGUGAGAUGAAUCUAAAGGUCAUGACAUGUAGUUGCAUGCCAAGAUAAUAAACACAGUUACAUCAUCA